AGUGAGAAGAGAGCGGGUUCCGUUGAGGUUUCAGUGACAGCAAAAUUGUUUCAAAAAUUUGGAGUUGUCUUCAGAACUAAGAACUGCUGAACAAAAAUGGAGGUUCCAAAGGAUCAAAUCUCCACUCUUCUUGACCAGGGACUCUACAGUUCAGCUCAAAUGCUGGGUUGCUUUCUUGUUUCAUCGCCUGCUGCUAAUGCAGAAUCCACUCCUCACCUCAAGUCUGAAAGCUUGGUGCUUCUUGGGGAUGCAUUGUUUCGAGAAAGGGAGUAUCGAAGAGCAAUUCAUACUUACAAGCAAGCCUUGCAAUACUAUAAGAUUAUUCCUAAACAAAAUUCUACUACUGCUAGAAGUUCUUUGCAGUCGAACAGGUCAUCUUCUCCAAACUCUUUUAACAUGUCGGCCAUUAACGAAAAUGAGGUGAAGUUUAAAAUUGCAUCGUGUUAUUGCGCCUUAAGUGACAAUAGAGCUGCCCUUGUAGAGAUGGAGGGAAUUCCAAGUAAGGCAAGAAAUUUGCAAAUGAAUCUUUUGCUGGGAAAGCUUUAUAGAUAUGCCAGACAUAACCGUGCUGCUAUUGCAUAUUACAAGGAGUGCUUAAGACACUGCCCGUAUGUGUUUGAAGCUAUUAUUGCUUUAGCAGAACUUGGCACUACUGCCAAAGAUAUCAUUUCCUUGUUUCCUCAGACAGCAAACAGAAGUGGCAAAACUCCUUUUGAUCACUUCGAUUCAAAUCGCUGGCUGCCACGCUAUGUUGAGGCCCAGUGCUGCAUUGCUUCAAAUGAUUACAAAGGUGGUUUGGAGCUAUUUUUGGAUUUGUUGCAACGUUUUCCCAAUAAUAUUCAUCUGUUGCUUGAAGUUGCAAAGGUCGAAGCCAUCAUAGGAAAAAAAGAUGAGGCCAUCAUGAAUUUUGAGAAGGCACGAUCAAUUGAUCCAUUUAUAGUAACAUAUAUGGAUGAAUAUGCUAUGCUUUUGAAGAUAAAGUCCGAUUAUUCAAUGCUAAACAAGUUAGUCCAUGACUUGUUAAAUAUCGAUCCUACAAGACCAGAAGUUUUUGUGGCUUUGUCUGUAUUGUGGGAAACGAAAGAUGAGAGGGGAGCCUUGGCUUAUGCUGAAAAGAGCAUCCGAAUCGAUGAAAGGCACAUAACAGGUUUCAUCAUGAAGGGAAAUCUGUUAUUAGCCAUGAAGCAGCCAGACGCAGCCGUUAGUGCUUUCAGGAAUGCUCAAGAACUGAGACCUGAUAUUCGUUCAUAUCAAGGUUUGGUCCAUUCUUAUCUGGCACUGUCUAAAAUGAAAGAGGCAUUAUAUGCUGCCCGGGAGGCAAUGAAAGCGAUGCCUCACUCUGCAAAGGCUCUAAAAUUAGUUGGAGAUGUACAUGCUAGUAACUCAGGUGGUAGAGAGAAGGCCAAGAAGUUUUAUGAGUCAGCACUUAGGCUGGAACCUGGUUACCUUGGAGCGGCAUUAGCUUUGGCAGAGCUCCAUGUAAUUGAAGGCCGAAAUGGGGAUGCUGUAUCAUUACUGGAGAGGUACCUUAAGGAUUGGGCUGAUGAUUCUCUUCACGUAAAACUAGCUCAAGUAUUUGCCGCCACAAAUAUGUUGCAAGAGGCUUUAUCUCACUAUCAAGCUGCAUUAAGGAUGAAUCCCCAGAAUGAAGCUGCCAAAAAAGGUCUAGAGCGGUUAGAAAAACAAAUGAAGGGAGUGGAUCCUGAUGCACCUGAAGAUGAUGAAGACAAUGAGGUCGAUGAUGCCGAUGGAGACCAGGAAGAAGCCGAACUCUUAUGAUCAGUAACAAUCCAACACACGAUGUUUACUUUUGCAAGUACUGAUUCAGACUUUGACUCUUCGAUGUUUUCUUUCAAGAGUAGAUAUUAACUCGUACACGUAAGAAUGUGAAAUAUUUGGGGUCAAAAGUGCAAAUUACCUGGUUUGGAAGCAGCAAUUUGAACUGUUAUUUUCAGAAUUGCAUUAGGAAGAACUGCAACAGGAAGUCACAACCAUUCACGCAAAUCUCUCACCAUUUCUCACCCUAUUUCACAUUGUCGAGAUCAAGCAGGAGAAAGUUGCGAAAAUCAUGGACGAAGAAGAAUUCCAAUUGAGUAGCUAUGAUUCCAUGACUACUAAGCUUCCGUUUCUGUCUGAUCUUCUUUAACUGUGAAAACUAUAAUCUGUAUGUAUUUAUUUUACCUAAUGAAGUGACAAAUGAAGAGCGGUCUUUUCUUGUAACUUAUGUACACAAGAUCAUUGAUUGUAUUCAGCUAGAAGCCUGUAUAUUCAUCUGUGUAUCAUCUAAACUUAAAUACUCAAUUUUGCAUUGUUAAUGAAUUUUAAAGUUAGUUUAUCAAUUGUCAUAUAUAUUACUUAGCAGAUGGAAGUUUUGGCAUAGUUUUUAUAUUUAUAUAGAAUAUUUAUUACUAGGUAAACCAAAACAUUAGAUUACAUUGAAGUCACCAAAAAAGGACUUUACAUAAAGCUUUUUAAGUAAACUCUCUGUGCCAUUUCUGCCUAUUUAUAUAUAUAUAUUAUAGGAAAGCUUGGCUAUGUCAAAGUUACAUCAAGUUAGAGAGCAAGAAGGUUUAAACCCAUAAAGCACCAGCCUUCCUAAGCAUUGGGAUCAGGUUGCGCUUAAGAUGAAGACUCAUGACUUCAUUAGCGCCACCGACCAGUUCCCCACCAAUGAACACGGCAGGUACGGCAGGGUUACAACCAAUCCGAAGAAGAGCUUGUUCUAUCUCUUUCCCUCUAGGAAGCUCGUCGAGCUCGUACACCGUCGGGUUAACUCCAAAAUCACACAAGAGUGUCUUGAUAGAGUGGCUCAUACAGCAACUAUUCUUGCUGAAAACCACCACUGGUCUAUCAGAAACCAACUUGUUCACAGUCUCCAUUGAUAUAUAUAUGUAGUUUGAGAGCUUAAGAACACAGAGAAGGAAAUAGAAGAAGAAAAUGGUUGAGAAUGAAGU